GAUCGCGAUCGAUCUCGCGGACGGCGCAGACGACCUCGGAGAGAUGCUGGUGAAAAAGGGCGUCGCGAGACGCGCCGACGACACGUCGUCAAGGCAACGGCGCACUCACUCGGGGUCGCCGCCGCAGCAGCCGGCGCAGCGGUACGAGCGGCCGUGCGUCGGCAGCGGGCAGCAGGAGAAAGUGUCGCUGUCGUGGGUCGUGUCGCCGGGAGAGUUCUACUGCCAGCUGAUGGCGACGGCUGAUAAGCUGGCAGAGCUGAUGUCGGCGAUCGAGCGAUACUACACUUCGAUCGGCGAAUCGUCGGCCGAGACGAUGAAGAAACCACAGGCGGGAGCGGCGUGCGUCGCGCUGUUCGCAGAGGAUAGCGCGUGGUACAGAGCCGAGGUGGUCUCUGUCAAUGCUAAUGACAUCGAGGUGAAAUUUGUCGACUUUGGAAAUACAGAUAAGUGCCAGCCAUUGGCAAUUAAACAGAUCAAAGCUGAGUUCAUGAAGCUACCUGUCCAGGCAGUUCUUUGCGGUCUUAAGAGCGUGAGGCCGAAAGACGGGGAAUGGACGGACGCGGCACGGGAGACCCUGGAGGAACUCAUUGGUGAAGAGGUGCAAUGCACCUUCUACGCGUGUUCCAAGGGCAAGUACAUGGUGGACGUUGGCGUGACGCCCGAGCGCAGCGUGGCGGACGAGCUCGUGUCACGCCACCUGGCGGUCAUUGGCUCGGGCGCGGCGAGGGGCAGCAGCAGCUCGGAGACAUCGAGCACGCGGGCCGUGCGGCUGGGCUCUCCCGCGGCGACGUUGCCGCCGCUGAUGCGUUACGCGGUCGCCGCGGCGCCGCCGGCGACGAUGGGAGACUACGUCGACUGCACGCUGACGCACGUGGAAGGACCCUGCAGGUUUUACGUUCAGUUGUCCAAGGAUCUAGCCGUGAUGGAGGCACUAACAGAGAACCUUAACAGCCACUACUCGACGCUGACGGAGAAACAGCUGAAGUUGGCCAACCCUACAUCAGGAACCGCGUGUGUUGCUCAGUAUGGGGACAGCAGUUGCUGGUACAGAGCAAUCGUUCAACAGAGAGCCUCUCCGAGCAAGCUUGACCUGAACUUCGUAGACUAUGGUCACAGCGCGAUGAUUCACGUGACGCGCAUCAAGCUGCUGCUGCCGGAGUUUGCAGAGCUUCCUCCGCAGGCUGUGCAGUGCUCGCUGACGGGCGUCGCCGCGGACACGGACGAACUGACGCGCACGUUCAAGCAGCUCGUGUCUUCUGAGAAGGAUCUGGUGGCGUUGGUGGAUGGAGUCGACGGACAGAGGUUGGUGACGACGUUGUAUGACGUCUCCGACGGAGGCGAGAUUAACAUCAACGCGCAGCUGACCGGGUCCGGCGCGUUGGCCAUCAGCCGAUCCAGCCUCGCGGAGGAGGCGCACGACGAGGGAGAGGCAGGGCAAGCGGACCUCCUCCCCGUGGACACGCCGCGCCGGUUGGAUGAGGCGUCGCGUAUCGAUCUUCCCGAUGACACGCCGCUUCGGUUAGAUAUAGCAGCCCACACCGAUCUCCCACGCGACACGCCUGCUAGGCUUGACAUAGCGACUCACACCGACCUGCCAUGUGACACGCCUGCUAGGCUUGACAUAGCGACUCACACCGACCUUCCCCGGGACACGCCGUACGGACGAGAUCCGGCUACUUCUUCCGACGAGCCGAGGCGCCUGGAGGUCGCGUCGGACGUCCACCUGCCCAACGACUCGUUCGACAACGACGACGACCUCCUCGCUCGCGACGCGGUCGAAUCGGACGCGGCGUACUUCGAUGUGGCACCGGAGAGGACCGAAGAACCUGCGGAGCGACUCGGCGAGGCGGACGGAGAGAAGGAACGCGGCGAAGAGGCGGAGCGAGGCGCGGGGACCGAGUCGGGCGUCGUCGCAGUUGAGACGCGAGACGAGUCGCGAGACGAGUCGGACGAGGACGUGUUCCACAGUGAUUUCGGAUCGGAUGCGGAGAGUACUGGGAAAAACGACUUUGAGGUCGCUAGGGAAAACCAGGACGAAGAGAUGGAGGCGAGACAGGAUGAGACAGAAGCGAGACGGGAUGAAGAGGCGGAGGCGAGACAGGAUGAGACAGAAGCGAGACGGGAUGAAGAGGCGGAGGCGAGACAGGAUGAGACAGAGGCGAGACAGGAUGAAGAGACCGAGUCGCGACAGGACGAAGAGACCGAGGCGAGACAGGACGAAGAAACCGAGGCGAGACGGGAUGAAGAAACCGAGCCGAGACGGGACGAAGCAGCGGCAGAGCUACCGGACGAUGUAGCGGCAGAGCUACCGGACGAUGUAGCGGCAGAGCUACGGGAUGAUGUAGCGGCAGAGCUACCGGACGAUGUAGCGGCAGAGCUACGGGAUGAUGUAGUGGCAGAGCUACGGGAC